AAAAAACAUUACAUAAUCACUAAAUAAUAUGGAGACAUGUUUGAUAGACACAGAAGAAGGAAUGGGUGAUUUUAAAUUUUAAAAGUCAACUUAAAUAAAGAUAGCAGCAUAAUAAAUGAUAAGCAAAUGGAGAGCAAUCAAAAAGACCAAUUCAACUAUUUUCUAUUCUCCCCUCGUCACUUCCAAUACCAUUUCAUACCUGUCACAGUUUUAGUCUUUACUUAAUAGCAGCGAGCCUAUAAAAAGAGUCAUGCUUGUAACCUCUCAUGAAUUAUUGAGUUGAAGAAAACAAAUAGAGAUUCAAGACUCUUUACCUUUGUUCUUGAUCUAGUUGUUGUGAAUUUUGUGUUAUUAUAUCCACUAAUAAUUCCUUCAUACUAUAAAUACUCAGACACAAACAAAAAAAAGCCACAAACUAAUCAAUGUCGAAUCACGACAAUUUCACACACGAUGUUUUUCUGAGUUUCAGAGGCGCAACUCGCUACAACUUCACCGGUAAUCUCUAUAAGGCUCUUGUGAAUCACAGAAUCAAUGUUUUCAGAGACGAUGAAAACCUCAAAAUCGGGGACGAAAUCGAACCUUCUCUUCUACAAGCAAUAGAAGCUUCUAGAGUCUCGAUUGUUGUGCUGUGUCAAGACUAUGCUUCUUCAACUUGGUGCCUUGACGAACUUGUUAAGAUCGUUGACGGUUAUGAAAAGAAAGGAAAAUCAGUUUAUGUUGUAUUUUAUAAGGUGGAACCUUCUGAUGUUAGGCAUCAGAGAAAUAGUUAUGAAAUUGAUAUGAUGAAACAUGAAGAGAGAUUUGGAAAGCAAUCAGAGAAGGUUAAAGAAUGGAAGUCGGCUUUGAACAGAGUAUGUGCUCUUAGUGGACUGCAUUACAAGGGCGACAUCUAUGAAUAUGAGUUUAUAGAGAAUAUUGUUAGAGACAUCUCAGCUAAGCUACCUCCCACGCCUUUACAAAUAAUCAAACAUGAAGUCGGACUCGACUCUCGUUUUGAACAGGUGAAAUCUAUUAUUGAUAUUGAUUCUGAUGAUGUUUUCAUGUUUGGAAUUCAUGGAGCUGGUGGAAUAGGAAAAACCACAUUAGCCUUGUAUAUAUAUAACAAGAUAAGUAUUCGAUUUGAAGCUGCAAGUUUUCUUUAUAAUAUUAGAGAAAAAUCAAAUCAAAGCACUAUGGGCCUGGAGGAUCUACAAAUGAGACUUCUGAAUGACAUGGGUGUGGGGACACAAACCAUGAUGGGAAGCACGUUUAGAGGAUGCUCUGAAAUAAAACGCAAGCUUUCCCACAAAAGAGUUCUUCUGAUACUAGAUGAUAUUGAUUCAGUAAAACAAUUGCAAUCACUAGCGGGAGGACAUGAUUGGUUUGGUUCGGGUAGCAUAAUCAUUGUAACAACAAGAGAUACCGAAGUUCUUCAUAAGCAUGAUAUUAAAAUCAAAAGAUAUAAACUCGAAGAGCUAAAUUAUAUUGAAUCCGUUGAACUCUUUUGUCGGUAUGCAUUUAAUAUGAGCACACCUGCAGAAGGAUUUGAAAAUGUCUCUUCUUGUGCAAUAAGUUAUGCAAAGGGUAUUCCAUUGGCUUUAAGUGUAAUAGGAUCUAAUUUGAAUGGUAAGAGCAUAGAGGAAUGUAAUAUUUUACUGCAGAAAUAUAGAAAGGUUCCAAAUGCUGAUAUUCAAGGUGCAUUAGAAAUAAGCUACAAAUGCCUAUCUGACUUUGACAAGAAAAUUUUCCUGGACAUUGCUUGUUUUUUCAAAGGGGAAAGAUGGGAUUAUGUUAAAAGGAUACUAGAGGCUUGUGAUUUCUACCCAGUUAUAAGCGUAUUUUUGAGUAAAUGUCUCAUAACUAUUGAUGAAAAUGGUUGUUUAGAAAUGCAUGAUCUAAUACAAGACAUGGGUAGAGAGAUUGUUCGGAAGAAAUCGAAAUCAAACCCCGGUGAACGCAGUAGGUUAUGGUAUCACAAAGAAGUUCUUGACGUGCUUAAAGGAGAUUUGGGAAGCACUACAAUUGAAGGAAUAAUGCUUCAUCCUCCAAAACAAGAAAAAGUAGAUCAUUGGGCUUAUACUGCCUUUGAGAAGAUGAAAAACCUCAGAAUUUUGAUUGUUAGGAAUACAUUGUUUUCAUCAGGACCUAGUUUUUUGCCGAAUAGUUUACGGGUGCUGGAUUGGAAGAGCUACCCAUCGCAUAAUUUUCUACCAGAUUUUCAUCCUUACAGAAUUGUUGAUUUCAACUUACCUCAUAGCUCAAUCAUAUUGAAAAAGCCUUUUCAGAAAUUUGAGGAUUUAACAUUCAUCAAUCUCUCCCAUAGUCAAUCCAUAACUCAAAUUCCCGAUUUGUCUGGAGCUAAAAGCUUAAGAGUGUUAAGAGUUGAUGAAUGCCAUAAACUAGUAAAGUUUGAUAAAUCCAUUGGACUUAUGCCUCAUCUGGUGUAUUUAAGUGCUUCUCGGUGCACUAAGCUAAAGAUUUUUGUGCCAACAAUGUAUUUGCCCUCCCUUCAAGUGAUUUCUUUUAACUUGUGCAAAAAUUUUGAACACUUCCCACAUAUAAUGCAAAAGAUGGAUUCGCCAUUAAAGAUUCACAUGAGAAAUACUAGUAUUAAGGAGUUUCCAGAGUCCAUUGGUAACCUUACAGGGCUUGAGUUUAUAGACAUGUCAUUUUGCAAAGGGCUCAAAGAUCUAUCUAGUAGAUUUUUUUUGCUUCCAAAACUUAUCACUUUGAAAAUUGAUGGAUGUUGUGAAGUUGGAGAAUCAUUCCAAAGGUUCAAAGAGGGCCAUUUAGUGGAAAACGUGUAUCCAAAUUUAGAAACACUUCAUUUUAGCGAAGCUAAUCUAUCAUUUAAAGACAUUCAUGCCAUUAUUGAAAAUUUUCCAAAAUUGGAAGACUUUAAAAUGUCACAUAAUGGAUUUGAAAUUCUCCCAAAAUGCAUUAGAGGAUCGUUGCACUUGAAAAAUGUUGAUGUUAGCUUUUGCAAGAAUCUUAGAGAAGUUCCAGAACUUCCAUUAAGUAUUCAGAAAAUAGAUGCAACACAUUGUCAAUCCUUAACUUUAGAGGCAUCAAGUCUACUUUGGUCAAAGGUAUCACAAGAAAUCCAAAGAAUACAAGUUGUAAUGCCGAUGCUAAAAGAGCAGAUUCCAGAAUGGUUUGACUUUAUAUCCACCCAAGAGAUUCCACUUUUAUUGGCUCGUCGGAAGUUUCCCGUUUUUGCUUUAGCAUUAGUGUUUCAGGAAGAAAAAAAGGCAGGACAUUUUCCUAAAUUAAAUGAUGGUAUAGAAUUAUCGAGCGGAGUCGUUAGCCUCCAUUUGUUCAUUAAUGCCAAAGAAAUUUGUGUCAGGGAUUGCAAUUACUUCUAUGUUGGGUCAAAUCAUGUGCUAUUGUGUGACCUACGAGUUUUGUUCAGUGAUGAAGAGUGGAAGGACCUUGAUGCAAAUCUUGGAGAUGACUGGAAAGCCAUUCAAGUUCAAUAUGAUUCAAGCUUGAUUCUGACUAAUUGGGGAGUUUAUAUGUAUAAGAAAGAAACAAACAUGGAUGAUAUCCAAUUCAUAAAUCCUGAUUGCAGUUCCUUUUCCUACACGCCAUCAUCAUUUUUGGUUCCAAAAACAUCUCCUGAGCAUAAAUUUAAAUAUAUGCUGAAAAAUAUGAGUUCAAGAUGCAUGUUUAGUGUGUAUUUUCAGUUAAUAGUAAAAGAAAAAAGACAUGUCAACUUUUCAGAAGUGGUUUCUCGGGCUCUGGGGAAUUCAAAGGAUGACAGUAUAUGGAAAGCUUCCUCCUCUUCCUUUGGGUUAAGUCUAAAGCAAGACCAAGAAGAUUCUAUAGAGGAUGUGGUUAAGGUAUUAGAGAUUAUAAAAGAGAAUCUAGAGUUUGCACCGAAACACAUCGUUGAUUCAUAUGCAAAAGUUCUUCCAAUUGGACUCAGUUUUGUUGAACUAUUAUUGAGGGCACAAUUAGAAUUAGCAAAGGAAAGCUUGGACUUAAAAUGUCCUAUUGUUCUAGUGUAUACUAAUAAACGAGGGUAUACACACCGACACUUUUGGGGACUUGUGGAGAUAAAACUGGGAGAUCCACUUUACAAACCAAUGUUGAGGAAGAUAGACCAAAUUUUGUGGGGACAUCUGACGAGCAAUGGACCCUCGAGCUUUAGACUGAAAAAAACCAUUCUUGAAUUGAAAUGCCAACGUCCAAUGGAAGAGGAAACUUCAAGCUCUAGCCCUAACGAAUCCUUGGAUGAAGGAAACCAUAAUCCUGAAAUUGAAGCGUUUUUGAGGAAGGUAGAACAAGAUGUUAUGAGCUUGAAUAAAUCUUAUGGGAAAAUGGAGGCAUCUAUUGUUCAAACUGACGAGUCAUUUGAUGAGUUCAUCUACCGAACAGUAAUUACUUACGGAAGAUUUGCAUCACCUUGCAAGUUGAAGAUCACAACUUAUGGAAAGAUAAGGACAGAGGACGAUUAUUUUCUCAUUCCGAGGGCAUGUUUUUGGUGUUUGAGCAUGUUUCUUUUUGUCCUAAUGGCAUACCUCUUUAUUUCUAUAAGACGUGUGUGCCUUUGGUUUUAUAGGAUACCACUAACACAAAAGAUAACAGUGUUGAGUUUGUUAUGUAAAUUAUUGUUCUUUCUUUUUAUGGAUAUUCCUGCCAUGUUUUAUUUGAUCAUGAUAUCUCUCAUGAUAUAUAAUGGAUACAAACUAGGUCAGUGGAAAUGGCAUGACCUUGUGGGGCUCCGUCGCAUUUGGUAUGACCUUAUGGGGUAUAUAAGGGACCAAGUUGCAAAUAGUGAAAAAAUGAGCCAAGGCAAAUUGGGUCAACAAAACACUCUAGAGGAAUUACAGCAAGGUAAAUUGGAUAUUACAACAUUAGAUACCGUCGGGGAAUUCCUGGAAACUAAGAAAGGACUCAAGAAAAGAAUUCAAAGGAUUAGGUUGGACGAUUUAGACUAAGUUAGAGGAUUAUGUAAUUUAUAUAUAGAUUUUUUUUAACUUACUUUUGAAAAAUUGUAGGUAAUUUAUCAAUCGUCCAAUGAUAAUUAGCCGCAUAAAUAAAUUUAUAAGUCAGUAACCAUUAGUUUAUGGGUACCACUCA